AUGUUUGAAUCUUCCAACACUCCAUUUUUGGUGCCUGAUUCUCGAGGGGUUCUCAUGGCUGCAAAGGAUGUGAUGAAUAAUGAUGCACCUUGGUUGGACAAUAAUACCCCUCUGGGAAAACAUAUCAUACACUCGAGUAUCAGUCAUGAUCUGGCUAACAGGCUAGGGAUUCAAUCCCUUCGUUCCAUCUCUUUAGUCAGUGAGGAAAUGACAAAAGAUUUACCCUAUAUGGACUAUGCAAAGAUCCAUGAGCUUCUUGAAUUAUAUGGAGGGAAAGAUUUCUUGUUAUAUGAUCUUAUUGAGUUUGCAGACUGCUGGCCUGCCAUUGUUGUUGUACUGGAAGGAGCAAGUUUGAGUAGAGAGGAAAUAUCUAGCCUUAAGUUUCUUCCUCCAUGGGGUUUAAGGGGUGACAUGCUUAAUUUUGGAUUAGGGUUAACGAGUUGUUAUUCUAUAACUGAUCUUCCUUCAGUUGUCUCUGGUGGCUUUUUAUAUAUGUUUGAUCCUUGUGGUAAAGCUUUUACUCUACCUUCAUCAAGUAAUUCUCCAGUUGCAAAGAUGUUUACUUUGACAGGUAUCAAUUUGACCGAGCGAUUCCGUGAUCAGUUUAGUCCCAUGUUUAUUGGUCAAAAAGUUCUAUGGUCACCAGACUCUACAGUUAUACGAAUGCCUAUUUCAUCAAAGUUCAUUGAAGAUGGAAGACAGAAAUAAAACUGAUAUUUGAAAAUUUCAUUAAGCAUGCCUCUAGAACACUUGUAUUUUUGAAGUCUGUUUCUGAGGUAACAAGAACUUAUGUUUCAGACAUCUAGUUAUUGGUUAUAAAACUUAACAAUUUCUUUGAAUCGGGUGUCUUUUUCAACAUGGGAA